AUGUUCAUGCAGGAGAUUUGGUUGCAAAACUUAGGCUGGGACGAUAAGCUUCCCACUGAAAUGAGUCAGCGGUGGCAAUCGUUUUUAGAUGAGUAUUCCGACCUCAAUCAGAUCCGGGUUCCGAGAUGGAUCUGGUACCAGCCUGAGGUAAUCAUAGAGCACCACGGUUUCUGUGACGCGUCUCAGAGAGCCUAUGGAGCGGCUAUAUACAUCCGCGUCGAGAUGGGGCAAAAGAUCCUGACUCGCCUGCUUACAGCCAAAACACGAGUGGCCCCGGUAAAAACCGUCUCCCUUCCUCGGCUAGAGCUCUGUGGUGCCGUGCUGUUAACCGAAAUGGUGACAGCAAUCCUUCCGCACAUGCCCUCCGCCAGUUCAGAUAUCCGCUGCUGGACAGAUUCCACAAUCGUCUUAGCCUGGCUACGAAAGCCUGCGUGCAACUGGACCACAUUUGUGGCCAACAGAGUUGCCAAGAUCACGCAGGCGACGCCAGUCGACUGUUGGGCACACGUUCGCUCAGAACAAAACUCCGCCGAUCUAGCCAGUCGAGGCGUAUCCCUACAUGAAUUGGCAGAAAACCAUCUCUGGUGGCACGGACCAGAGUGGCUGCAAGGGCCCCGAGAGCUAUGGCCAGCACAAAGCGACACUCUUCCAGUGACAGAGCUAGAGCAGCGCGCGGUCAAAGUGCAUUUUGUCAAGGGCCCGUCCAUCGACUUUCUCGAACGUUUCUCCAAAUUGGACAAGGCCCUGCGAGUUCUGGUCUAUGUUCAACGCUUCCUUAAACGCUGCCGCAAAGAUUCGUUCUUGCCCAGUUCACGACCUACAAGUGAAGAGAUCCGAGAGGCAGAACGAACUCUGACCUCCAUUGCGCAGCGCAGAGCAUAUGGCCAAGAGCUUCAGCAUCUGACCGAGAAAAGGCCUCUUCCAGUGUCAAGUCCUUUGGUGAAUUUGUUCCCGUUCAUUGACCAACACGGCCUUUUAAGGGCGUGCGGCCGUCUCACUGCAUCCAAAACCCUGCAAUAUGAUGAACGUCAUCCGAUUCUUCUCCCCUAUGACUGUAGACUGUCGCGCCUCAUCGUCCAAUUUACUCACCAGAUUACUCUUCAUGGCGGUAGUCAAUUGAUCGUACGCCUGAUCCGAACAAAGUAUUGGAUUCCUAAAAUCAAGAAUCUGGUGAAGGCUGUGGUCAAUCCGUGUAAGAUUUGCACGAUUUACAAGAAGAGACUCCAAACACAGCUGAUGGGCGACUUCCCGACAGAUAGAGUCUCCUUCUCGAGGGCGUUCACCUACACGGGUAUCGACUAUGCCGGCCCUUUCGAAAUAAAAAAUUAUACAGGGAGAGCGUGUCUCAUAACGAAGGGAUAUGUUUGUGUGUUUGUGUGCUUUUCCACGAAGGCUAUCCAUUUGGAACCCACUUCCGAUCUAACAACCGAGAAAUUUCUAGCGGCCUUUGCUCGUUUCGUAGCGAGGCGCGGUUGUCCUCAGCGGGUCCAUUCGGAUAAUGGUAAAACCUUUGUGGGGGCGGCAACUUUGAUUUCCAGGGACUUUCUCCAAGCUAUCAAAGAGUCCGUGACUGAUGCAUAUAGCCAUCAGGGACUCGUAUGGCGGUUCAUCCCACCAGGGGCUCCACAUAUGGGGGGUUUGUGGGAAGCAGGGUGA